AUCAAUUGUAGAAAGCAGUAUCAGUACGGAUAGCAAUCGAUUAGCAGUGUGCAGAAGAAAACUAUCGCAGCUCGAGUUGGCGGUUUGUGGGAAGUGUUUGAUUUCGGUGAUUGUGUUAUAAGUAGUGGCCAAUCGAAGAAAAACUAACCAAUCAACAAAGACUGUUUAACGUGAACGCACUUUUUCGGUGAAAAGUCUCUUGCACAAGUGAGAAUUCUGUUCUAUCCAAGCUAGGAGAAACAAAAACCCCAGGAAAAACUCAAAAUGACGACAAAGCGGAGCACCGUGCUGGAAUACCUAUUGCUUGCCUCAUUCAUCACCUCCGCCCUGUGCGCCGGAAUCCGCGGCCAAACCCGGGUCGUCCCGCAGAAUCAACAGAGCUCCACUAGUUGGUUCGGCGGAGAGCUGAGUGUGCUGCAGAAGGUCUACGAUGAUUGCCAGGAUAAGCAAGAUUUCACCGGUUGCCUCAAGGGCAAGGCUCUGACCGCGAUCUCCCGUGCCAUCGACAUGGAAUCAGUCCAACUGACCGACGGAAUUUCGCUGAUCAAGCAGAAGAACGCCGAAAACGAGAGCAUCCCGCUGCUUUCGGAUGCCCGCGCUCUGAGCGGACUGAGCGAAGUCGACCGAUCGCUGCUCGCCAAGCUGAACAAGUUCUUCCAGACCCAUUCGCUGCGCGUUGAUAUGCAGCAGGAAGGAACCGGAGCCGCUCGUGGAAACAGCAAGAACAAGCACCACCGCUAUCUGAUCGCUGCCUUCCUGACUGCCAUGGGUAUUGCUGGUCCCAUCGGUUUGAAGGUUCUGGCUGCCGUCGCCGGAAAGGCUCUGGUCAUCUCCAAGGUCGCUCUCACCAUUGCCGGUAUCAUCGCGCUCAAGAAGAUCUUCGCCUCGGAUCGCCAUGAGGAAACGAGCUUCCAGGUGCACGCUGGACACGAUAACAGACGAACUGCUUACGUCUUGCGCAGCCCGGCCAAGGUGAACGCCAAUGUUGACCCUUACCGGUACUACUAUGACCAGCAACAACAGCAGCCACAGUACGGAACCAUCUAAAUUCCCAGUCCCAAACCCAACUCCCAGAAUCGAUCCUAACCAUCAAUUCUAAACACCUGCUAGAUCCAAGAAGAAACGGUCACGGUCCUAGCCCGUGAAAAUCCAUGCCAAGAAAGUCCUUGGAAUGAAGUUGACAUCUCUCGGUCCAUCCAGAAGGGACCGAGAGCAAAGCGAGAAACCUCCUGUAUAAAAUAAUAUUUAUUUUUAAUUUAUUACCAAUGCGUUAAAUUAUUGCUAGGUGCUAAAUAACUUUUGUUAAUCGCUAAGUGAGGCCACAUGACACACACUUUGAAACAUAAAUACAUACAUACAUACAAAGCAAACAAGAAAAACAGAGACACGAGACACAAUUUAUAGUAAGAACAAGAAACAGAAACGUCGAAUGAAGUAACAUGACCAAUCGAAGACGCGUGACACUUUUUCCAACGCGAUUUUGUGUAAAUUAUAAUUCAUUACCACCCCCUGCCGGAAGGUUGAAUCAAUCAAACUCAACGUUAAUACAGCUUAGAAUACCAAAAAUAGAAACCAAAACAAACAGAGAAAGACAUGACGAAAUCCCCCCGAUAGAGAAAAAAAUACAGUAAAACUCAACCCCCUCAAUUGGAAAAUGGAACAACCCCACCAACUCAAGAUAGAACCCCAGAAACAGGAGCAAAUUUACCCCCGAAAAAUAGCCAAUAAUAAAAAUUCUUAACAAGUGGAAACUACCUAAACCAAACCCCAAAACAAAUGGAUGGAUUUUUUUUUUGCAGUCCUCAAAACUAUAGAGAGGGACGAAAAUGGCGAAGUCGCGUGCGAGCGUGUGAUUUGUUAUGUUUGUUUGAAGUAAUUUAAUAAUUAUACGUAGAAUUAACGGAAAAAAUGCAAACACACUAAAGGGAAAAAGAGCGUGGAAGAGCAAAUAAAGCUGGAAAAAUUAUGGAAGCAAAAACGA